AUGUCUACUCGGCCGUCAAUUAAAACCAAGGCCAAGAUCAAGGCCAGGACUCCGAGGUCCUAUCCCCCGGCUAAUCUUCGCCAGCUUCAAUACCGAUCUUACCAGUACACAAUCAUCAUCUACCACUACAACAACUACGCACAGCCCCUCGAAGACUUCAAACGCUCCCUUUCUCGGGAUCGGAACGGCUAUAUCUCGAACCUCUUCUCCAAGGAUACUCUGACUGGCUUCCCGGUUGCCGAAGGAGACGAAGUCCCAGAAAAUAGUGUAGAAGUCGCUUAUUUACCUAACGUCUUCCAGCACAGGGGCUCUGCUCUCGGCUUCCGUUCUUUCUCCAAGGACCGCAUUGAAUGGCUGUGCUUCAAAUGUCCCGUGGAACAACUCAUCAAUAACUGGACGAUUGUCUAUCCAGGCGGCGUUCUGCGGAAACCGUUUGAUAAAGUGGCCACUCUCGAAAGGGGCGAAACCGGGAGGAAGGGCACCGUGAAGGGUCACCCAGAACACCGAGCGUGGUAUGAGGCGCUGGCCGAGGCUUGGGAGCCGGUCGUACCGCUGCGUCUCACGUGGAACAAUAAGAGUAGGGACAUCCAGGAAGAGAUCAAGAGGAGGGAGAAAGAGGAGGGGUAUGUGUUCGAACUUGAGGAAAAGGAAGACAAGGACGUAGACUUGGAAGGGAUGUGGCCUAAGGAGGAGCUGCCGCUCCAAAAGCCUAAGCUAGUAGCCGAGGUGGACUUCUAUACGAGAUCAAAGCGCGCCAAACCGCCGGUUCGAGUACCGCAGCCGCCACCAAAGCAGAAGUCGCCAAUGACCAGGCUUUUGGACGGGGAGUACGUGUAG